CUCUUGUCGUCACUCCGCAGCUAACAAAUUUUUCCCAGCGCGACGGCCUCCCUCGCACUCCGCUCCUCCCUUCGCCGAAGCUUCGCGGCGUCCGGCUUCCUCCCCGUUUUAAGCCCGCCUCCGACGAGCCGCGAUCCCACCACGCAGUUCGGAGGCGGAGGGGAGCAGUGGUUUGAUCGGGCGGUGCCAUGGCGGAGACCCGCAAGUUCGUUCUGCCCGGCCAGCCCCCAGAUUUCUCCCAGAUACUGCAGGAGGCUCAGAAGAGAUGGCUGCGGCCCACCGAAGUCUGCGAGAUACUGUCAAACUACAAGUUCUUCUCCAUUGCGCCCGAACCGCCAAACAGGCCUGCGAGUGGUUCUCUUUUUCUCUUUGAUCGCAAAAUACUGAGAUACUUCAGAAAGGAUGGACACAAUUGGAGAAAGAAAAAGGAUGGGAAGACUGUUAAAGAAGCUCACGAGAAACUAAAAGCUGGCAGCAUUGAUGUGCUCCACUGCUACUAUGCCCGCGGGGAGGAGAAUGAAAACUUUCAAAGAAGAACCUAUUGGCUGUUGGAAGAAGAUUUCACACAUAUCGUUCUUGUACACUACCUUGAAGUCAAGGGUGGCAAGCAAAGUUUCAAUCGUGUGAAAGAAGAAAUUAUGCAGUUUUCCAAUGUUGAUAGUCCAUCAUGUUCAAAUUCUAUCACUAGUCAGAGCCAGGUGGCUCCACAAACCAUGGAUGCUGCUGAAAGCCCAAUAAGUGGACAUAUUUCAGAAUAUGGAGACACUGAAUCAGAUAAUUGUCGAGCAAGCUCCAGAUACCACCCUCUCGCUGAGAUGCAGCAGCUUGUGGAUGGAGUCGUAAUGGAUGACAUGUUAUACCCUUCUGCUUUGAGAAUAGGCAGUAGACAAGUUUCAGGUUAUCAUGGUGAAAUGCCGCCAAGAACAGCUAACUUAGAUUAUCAUUCAUUUUCUCACCAUGACAUAGCUAGAAUGUUUGAUGAUGUCUGCGCUGCGCCAGGAGAUGUUUCCAGAACUCUGUUUGAUUCAGUGUCAUUCAAUGAGGCCUUCACAGAUUAUCCAACUGGGUUCACAGAGCCAGCACUUCAUUCUUCAUUUACCAGCGUAGAGGAUAGCAAUCUGGAGGAUAGCUCCCGUCUGGAGACAUUUACAUCUGAGGCUCUGUACACUAACCACCUCAGCCAGAAGGAAGCUGAUGGACUCAGUUUUGCUGGCAUAUCAACAUCAGAGGUGAAUGGAAGUAGACAUACCGAAGGAAGCAUCAAACAUCCACUCUUGAAGCAGUCAUCACUAGAUCUAUUCAAGAUUGACUCUACUGGUUUGAAGAAAAAUGACAGCUUUUCAAGAUGGAUGAGUAAAGAACUUGAGGGGAUGGUUGAUUUGGAUAUUAAAUCCAGUUCUGACACUUUCUGGAAUAGCAUAGAGACCGUGAAUGUUGCUGAUGGUUCUAGUGCACUGACUAAUGAACAGAUAGAUGCUUAUGUAGUGAGCCCUUCACUUUCUCAAGACCAACUAUUCUGCAUUCUCGAUGUCUCACCAAGCUGCGCAUAUAUUGGUUCAAAUACAAAGGUUUCAGUUACUGGUACAUUCUUGUUGAAUAAAGAACAUGUGGAUAACCGUAAGUGGUCAUGUAUGUUUGGGGAUGUUGAAGUACCAACUGAGGUUUUAACCGAUGGCACCCUACGCUGCUACGCACCAGCACAUCAAUCAGGACGAGUUCCAUUUUAUGUGACCUGCUCAAACAGGGUGGCUUGUAGUGAAGUGCGAGAAUUCGAGUAUCGAGAUUCUGAUGCUCAGUACAUGGAGACUUCACAUUCCCAGGCCAAUGGUGUAAAUGAAAUGCACCUACAUAUUCGUCUUGAGAAGCUACUCUCUUUGGGGCCAGAUGACCAUCAUAUGCUUGUUUUGAGCAGUGGGAAUGAGAAAUAUGAGCUGAUGAAUGCUAUAAAUUCCUUAAUGCUUGAUGGGAAAUGGUCAGAUCAAGAAUUACCAUCUGUAAAGGAAGUAGUUUCCACUGCAAGGGACCAAAGUUUAAAGAAAUUGGUGAAAGAGAAGCUGCAUUAUUGGCUUCUCUGUAAAAUAAACGAUGACGGAAAGGGUCCCAAUGUGCUGUGCAAGGAAGGGCAGGGUGUAAUGCAUUUGGUAGCUGCACUUGGUUAUGAUUGGGCUAUAAGACCGAUAAUUGUUGCUGGUGUAAAUGUGAACUUCCGGGAUGCUCAUGGAUGGACUGCACUUCACUGGGCUGCAGCUUUGGGGAGAGAGCGGACAGUUGGCGUCCUCAUAGCAAAUGGGGCUGCAGCAGGUGCAUUGACAGAUCCAACUUCUCAGUUCCCUUCUGGAAGAAGCCCAGCUGAUUUAGCGUCAACAAAUGGACACAAGGGGAUUGCUGGUUUCCUUGCGGAAUCUGCUCUGACAAGCCAUUUGUCAGCACUUACUAUUAGAGAAUCAAAUGAUAGCACUGUACAAUUAUGUGAGUUACCAAUUGCUGAAGAUUUCACUGGCAAUAAUUCUGCUCAGCUUGCUGGAGAGGAUGCUCAUGCUGAAUCACUUAAAGGUUCAUUAAGUGCUGUUCGUAAGUCCACUCAGGCUGCAGCUAGGAUAUUUCAAGCCUUCAGGGUGGAGUCAUUCCACAGAAAGAAAGUUGUGGAAUAUGGAGAUGAUGAUUGUGGGUUAUCUGAUGAACAUAAUCUUUCGCUUGUUUCUCUUAAAAAUGUCAAACCAGGACAACAUGAUACGCAUCUACAUUCUGCUGCUGUUCGUAUCCAAAACAAGUUCCGUGGAUGGAAAGGAAGAAAGGAGUUUAUGAUCAUUCGCCAGAGGAUUGUCAAGAUACAGGCUCAUGUACGAGGACAUCAAGUGAGAAAAAACUAUCGGAAGGUAGUCUGGUCAGUAGGUAUUGUUGAGAAAGUUAUACUGAGAUGGAGGAGAAAGAGAACUGGUUUACGUGGAUUUCGGCCUGAGAAACAACUUGAAGGUCCAUCACAAAUCCAACCUGCUAAGGCUGAGGAUGAAUAUGAUUUCUUGCAUGAUGGCAGAAGGCAGGCUGAAGCCAAGCUGCAGAGAGCACUUGCCCGAGUGCACUCUAUGUCUCAAUACCCAGAAGCAAGAGAACAGUACCAUAGGCUCACAACCUGUGUUGCUGAAAUGAAACAGGCCAGGUGGGCAAAUGAUAACAUGCUCUUCUAAUAUGAUGCAGGAUGAGAUGCUGAGUCAGGCAGCUGGUGCCGACGGAAAUGAUUUCAUGACUGGACUGGAGGACUUGAUCUGCAGAGAUGACGCAGCAAUGUCUGCCAUUUGGUGACGUUGAACUUAUUAGAUCAGUUAGGCAGGCAGUUGCCUUGUUACAUUGUCAGACUAGUUCUGUAAAUUUUCUUCAGCUAGUUGUUCACUGUUGACCUUUUAACUCGCAUUCUGCUAGUAUUAUGUUUGUAAUUCAGUCUCCGGGCACGGAUUAUCGGUAGAAUAAUUGCACUCUUAUAUGGUAAUCCUUCAAUUUCAAAUACAAGUCCAUUUAGAUU